GCAAAUCCACGACAAAACCUUUCAAAACCAAUAUAACCAAAUCCACACCUGUCAAACCAAGGUCAAUUAGUGCUUUGACUCCCUCAGACUCAUCUUCAUCCUCUUAACCCGACUCCAUUCUGCUAAUCCAGGCAGACCCUUUUGCCUCCUCCCUCUCUGUUGACCAUCCAUGUCGUCGUUGAGGCUCCGUAAACCUAGCGAAGCAGCAGCAGCGACCGAUGCCGCACUCGGCCGCAGCGAUAGCCAUAGCCCGACGAUCAUCCACAGGCGAAGGUGGCGCUUGGCUUUCACGGUCAUAUACUUCACGAGGGCUCUCGAGUCUCUGUCGAAGCGAGUCCUCGGGAAGAAGACGGAUCUGUUGCGAUCGCUCUCUUUCGUCGCCAUCAAUGUCGACCUCGAAGGCAAUGAUAAUCCUCGCGAAGGAGAUCGCCCAUUGCUUCAAGACGCCAACCCGAAGAUCCUGAGUAACCUGGUAAGAGAGAAAGAGUUAGAAUCUCUUGCUCAACUUGGUGGCAUUAAACAACUCGCUUCGAUUCUCAUGACAAAUCCUGAGAAUGGCUUGAGCGGUGAUGAAGCUGACCUCAUCCGGCGAACCAAUGUUUUCGGUGCGAAUAAAUACAUUAAGCCGCCGGCAAAGAGCUUUCUCAGUUUCGUGCUUGAUGCGUUCAAAGACAUGACCAUAAUCAUUCUCAUAGGAUGCGCUGUUCUCUCUUUAGCAUUUGGUAUCAAACAACACGGCCUUAAAGAGGGUUGGUAUGAUGGUGGGAGUAUAAUCAUCGCCAUCUUUCUAGUUGUCAUCGUCUCUGCUCUCAGCAACUAUAAGCAAGGAAGGCAGUUCGAGAAACUUUCAAAAGAGAGCAGCAACAUAAGAGUGGAGGUUGUGAGAGAUGGCAGGAGGCAACCGAUCUCCAUAUUCGAUAUCGUCGUAGGCGAUGUCGUGUUUCUGAAGAUUGGCGACCAGGUUCCGGCUGAUGGGUUGCUUGUAGAUGGCCAUUCCCUGAGGGUUGACGAGUCUAGCAUGACUGGUGAAAGUGAUCACAUCGAAGUCGACAGCGAGAACCCUUUCUUGCUCUCGGGCACCAAAGUGAUAGACGGCUAUGGUCGAAUGAUGGUCGCUUCUGUCGGCAUGAACACAGCGUGGGGCGAGAUGAUGAGCUCCGUGAGCCGCGUCUUAGAUGAAGAGACCCCGCUCCAAGCCCGUCUAAACAAGUUGACUUCCUUCAUUGGGAAGAUCGGACUGUCGGUGGCCAUACUGGUACUUCUCGUCUUAAUGAUCCGCUACUUCACUGGAAACACCCAAGACGAGGCCGGACGAAGAGAAUUCACCAGCGGGAAGACCAAGUCGGGGGACGUGAUGGAUGCGGUUGUGCGCAUAGUUGCCGCAGCGGUGACCAUCGUGGUGGUGGCUAUACCUGAGGGCUUGCCUUUGGCCGUCACUUUGACGCUGGCCUACUCUAUGAAGCGCAUGAUGAAUGACAACGCCAUGGUCCGGAAGCUGUCUGCCUGUGAAACCAUGGGUUCUGCCACAACGAUCUGCACGGAUAAAACCGGGACUCUCACGUUAAACGAGAUGAGGGUGACGGAGUUAUGGAUGGGGAAAGAACAUGUGAGUGUAGAUGCAUCCAGAGAAAUAGCUCCCAGCAUCCUUGAAGUCCUACUGCAAGGAAUCGGAAUGAACACGACAGGUACUGUGCACAUGCGACCUUCUGCAUCUGUUCCUGAAAUUUUAGGCAGCCCGACUGAGAAGGCGAUACUUUCUUGGGGUGUGUCCAAGUUGGGUAUGAAGAUGGAUGAACUGAAGCAAGAAUGGGAGAUAAUCCAAGUCGAGGCGUUCAAUUCCGAGAAAAAGAGAAGCGGGGUUGCUGUGAGGAGGAGUGGAGAGCAGGUCGUUCACAUACACUGGAAGGGGGCUGCUGAGAUGAUCUUGGCAUUGUGUUCAGAUUAUUAUAGCCAAAGAGGGACGGUGAAUGUCAUGACUGAUGAAGCAAGGUCUGAGUUCGGGACAAUCAUAAAAAAUAUGGCAGGCAAAAGCCUGCGCUGCAUCGCAUUCGCCUACAAAAAGUUCAAUGGCUCACUUGCUCAAGUUCAUGCGAGACUCGAGGAAGAUGGACUUACAUUGUUGGGGAUAAUAGGGAUUAAGGACCCAUGCAGACCAGGCGUGAGAAGGGCAGUGGUGUCUUGUAAAUGCGCCGGGGUAAACAUCAAGAUGAUCACGGGAGACAACGUGCACACUGCAAGAGCUAUAGCCUUGGAAUGUGGGAUUUUCAAUCCUGACGAAGAUCUCGAACACGAAGCCAUAGUAGAGGGCGUUCAGUUUCGCAACUACUCGCCUGAACAGAGAAUGGCAGCAAUCGAGAAAAUCCGGGUAAUGGCUAGAUCAUCCCCAUUUGAUAAGCUUUUGAUGGUGCAGUCUUUGAAGCAGAAAGGGCAUGUGGUGGCAGUCACUGGCGAUGGCACGAAUGACGCGCCAGCCCUAAAAGAAGCGGAUAUCGGUCUCUCCAUGGGCAUCCAAGGCACUGAGGUGGCAAAGGAGAGCUCAGACAUCGUCAUCCUGGAUGAUAAUUUCGCCUCAGUGGCGACUGUGCUGAGGUGGGGGCGGUGUGUCUACAACAACAUUCAAAAGUUCAUCCAGUUUCAGCUCACUGUGAAUGUGGCUGCCCUCGUCAUCAACUUCGUUGCUGCAGUCUCUGCUGGCGAUGUCCCUUUGACAGCGGUCCAGCUUCUUUGGGUGAACUUGAUUAUGGAUACCCUUGGAGCUUUGGCAUUGGCGACAGAGCAACCCACAAAUGAUCUCAUGCUAAAGACGCCUGUUGGACGAACCGAGCCGCUUAUAAGCAGAGUCAUGUGGAGGAAUCUCGUAUCUCAGGCCUUGUACCAAGUUAUCGUCCUCCUGACCCUACAAUUCAAGGGGAGUUCAAUUUUUGGAGUGGACAAGAAAGUGAAGAACACAAUUAUUUUCAACUGCUUUGUCCUCUGCCAGGUCUUCAACGAAUUUAACGCCAGGAAGCUGGAGGAAAAAAAUGUAUUCAAAGGGAUCCAUAAGAACAAGUUGUUCUUGGGCAUCAUUAGCAUGACGAUAAUCCUUCAGGUGGUGAUGGUUGAGUUUCUGAAGAGGUUUGCCAACACUGAGAGGCUGGACUGGGGACAAUGGGGUGCUUGCAUAGGACUCGCAUCUUUGUCUUGGCCAAUUGGUUGGCUUGUUAAGUGCAUUCCAGUCUCAGGCAAAAACUUGUGGUUUUCCCGCAGAGAAGAAGCGUCCUGAACCGAGCAAAAUGUUAAACUCCUGGAAAAUAAUAUUUUCUUUUAUUUAUAUUUCAGCUGAUAAAAAUGGUUAGGGCUUAGGAAACUGUUUUUUAAAUUCUAUCUUUUAAGCAUGGUAAGUACCUUCCUAGAUGAUGUCUCAAUUUACCUUUGGCUACAAAAUCAUAUCAACAGUUUAUUGUCA